AUGGCACGCAGCAGCCAGCGUGUCCUAGCCUUGGUAGGAGAAUCCACCGCACCGCCACCCGCACACAUCCGCUCCAUCAUGAUCAUCGCGCCGCUCUCUAGGUCCACGGCCGUCGCAGGUAUUCCUAGUGCGCGCGGACGGCUUUCUUCGGACGACAUCGUCUCGACGCACCCUAUUAUUUUCGCACAGGCGCUGUAUACGCGGGAGGUAUCCGUCUACCGGCACAUCACCGGGCGCUCGUCUCAUCUCCCGGUCCCGCGGUUCUACGGCUCCUUCGAAGCUAUUCUCCCCAGUGGCCGCCCCGUCUACGUGGUGCUUCUCGAGCACAUCCCAGGUGCGACGCUGCAGGAGGAUCUUCGGGACUACGACGACGACGCUAUCCGCGCUGACCAGGCCCUGUUGCGUGCUGGCAUCUACCACCGUGACCUCGCCGGAAGGAAUUUUGUCCGCCGCCGCGAUAGGCAAAUCGCAGUCAUUGACUUUGGCGACGCGGAUAUCGCGGAGAAUGGCCAGCAGUCGGACGACGAGGAUGUGGUCAUGAGGUGGGCUGGUAAUGAAGACUUCGUGGCCGCUGGUUAUAUCCCCGAUCCCCGCGGUGGCGGUGAUCCGGGCCGUGCUUGUCUGAAGAUGGUCCGAGAUGUCGAAGGUGGAGGGUAG